UCCUUUCUUCCUCGAGCCUUCUCUCUUACUGGCGCUCAAGGACGAUGGCGAGGGUGACUUCAACGGUGGCGGUUGCAGCUCGCGGCGACAGAUCUGGAGACAACGAGAGUCACAGUGGCGCUAAUGAAAGCACGAACGGUGGCUCGACAAUGGCGAGGAACGACGACGGAGUGAGGAUGCUGCUUCCACUUCUUCCUUACGAACUCGUCUCUCCUUCUCCUCUGUUCGCAGUUCACGAUGGCGACACAGGUGAUGGGUUCGGCGGCAAUGCUUUGGUAGCUAGGCGUGGUGGCAACAUCUCCCUCUGGCUCUGUCUUAACAGCUCUCUCUCUCUCUCCGCGAUCGCAACCUUCUUUCUCUCGUUUCCCUUAAUCCAUUUCUGUGUUUGUGUGUCGUGUGUGUGUGUUUGGGGAGGAUGAGAGAGGUGAGGCGGUUAGGUUAGGGUGAUUUAGGGCAAAAUUAGGGUUUUGUGUAUGAAAUUGGGGAUUUUGGA